AUGGGUAAUGGUUCUUCUAAUAAAAAAAAAGAAAAAAAUAUAGAUUAAACUUUACAGGAUUUGCAAAAAAAUUAGAGCAGAUCAUAAAAAUAUGAUCCUUUUGCUGAUGUAGAAAUAUAAAGGUUAAGAGAAAAAUUCAGAUUAUUAUCUGACAAUAAGCCUACAUUGACGUUAAAUGGAUUCAAGCAACUCCUUGAACUUAAGACGCAUUUUUUUAGAGAAAGAAUUUUUUAGCUAGUGGAAGCUGAAAUGACAAAAAGAAAUAAAACUGAUAUAGAUUUUGAUUAUUUCAUUAAGGUGCUAACUCCCUUCCAUCCUUUAACUUCAAUUGAUUCAAAAUACAAGCUCUUAUUUGACAUUUAUGAUAUAAACGCAGAUAAUCUAAUUUCUUAAGAUGACAUUAAAGCCACUAUGAAAAUUAUUUAUUCAAUUUAGAUAUCUAAAGAUAAAAAAGAUAAUUAAAACUAAGAAGAAAAUUAUAGGAAAAGAAAUGCUGAAUUGGAAGAAGUUAAGGAAGCAUUUAUGGCAAACUAAGAUUACUUAGAUUCAUUAGCUAAAGAUAUAAUGAAUGAUUUUGACAAAGACAGGAGUGGAGAACUUGAUUUUGGUGAAUUUAAAGAAUUAGUUGAUAAUCUAGAUCUGUAAUUUAGAUUAAAUAUAAAUUUUUGA